GAGGAGGAGCUAUACUGCUCUAUACCAUUUAAAUUGAAACGCAUGCGCAUUCGUGUACAAUUGGGACUUUUCUCUCACACGACUGUGUCUUUUCUUCAUUCUGCCUGCAUCUCUUCGCCGGUGUGUGGUAAUCUUACACGUUUCACAUUUUUGAUUUUUCAAUCAAACAACGCUUAGGAAAUGAGUGGGGACCAUACCCACAGCGAGGACCAGGUUGACGGUGGCUCUCGUUUCAAUGACUCUCACAAGCAUAAAGACAAGUAUAAGGAAAAGGAACACAAACAUAAGGACCACAAGAAGGAUAAGGAACGCGAGAAAUCGAAGCAUGGCAGCAGUGAUCACAAGGACUUCUCUGAUAAAAAACACAGAGACAAGGAGAAGGAAAAGAUGAAGCACAAAGAUGGCAGCACAGACAAAUACAAGGACAAGCACAAGGAGAAGAGGAAGGAGGAGAAGAUGAAGUCCCUUGAUGGUAAAGUCAAAAAAGAAAAAGAGAAUGGCUUUGCCAGCCCUCCACAUGUGAAGUCUGAGCCUGAGGAUGAUUUUUACCACUCUCCUAAACAUGAGAAGUCUCUAAAAAGAGAACGGGAUGAUGAUGACAAUGACUCUGAAUUUAAGCCUAAGAAAAUAAAGACCGAAAAUGACAAGAAGGCCAAGAAAAGGAAACCAGAUGAGGACAUUAAGUCAAAGAAGACAAAAAACAAAAAAGGAGAAGUCACUGAUGGAAAAAAGAAAGCAAAGAAAGAGCCAGAGGAGAAGUGGAAAUGGUGGGAAGAAGAGAGAUACACAGAUGGUGUGAAAUGGAAGUUUCUGGAACACAAAGGGCCAGUGUUUGCACCACCUUAUGAACCUCUUUCUAGCCAUGUCAAAUUUUACUAUGAUGGUAAGCACAUGAAGCUCAGCCCAGGAGCAGAAGAGGUGGCCACAUUCUUUGCCAAAAUGCUGGACCAUGAGUACACAACAAAAGACAUCUUCCGCAAAAACUUCUUUAAAGAUUGGAGGAAGGAAAUGACUGCUGAGGAAAAGGCUAAGAUCACAGACCUUAAGAAGUGCAACUUCUCUGAGAUGAGUGAAUACUUCAAGGCACAGUCUGAAGCCAGGAAGGCCAUGACAAAGGAGGAGAAACUGAAAAUAAAGGAGGAGAACGAGCGCAUCUUGCAGGAGUAUGGCUUCUGCAUCAUGGACAACCACAGGGAACGUAUUGCUAAUUUUCGCAUUGAGCCUCCAGGUCUCUUCCGUGGCCGUGGGGACCACCCUAAGAUGGGCAUGCUCAAACGUCGCAUCAGGCCUCAAGACAUCAUCAUCAACUGCAGCAAGGACUCCAAGCACCCCGAGCCUCCUGCAGGCACUAAGUGGAAAGAGGUCCGGCAUGACAACAAGGUCACUUGGCUGGUGUCGUGGACGGAAAACAUUCAGGGCUCCAUCAAAUACAUCAUGCUGAACCCCAGCUCUAGGAUUAAGGGAGAGAAGGAUUGGCAGAAGUAUGAAACCGCUCGUAGAUUGAAGAAGUGUGUGGACCGAAUCAGAGGCCAGUACCGUGAUGACUGGAAGUCCAAGGAGAUGAGGAUCAGACAGAGGGCUGUGGCACUCUACUUCAUUGACAAGCUGGCUCUGAGAGCGGGUAAUGAGAAGGAGGAAGGAGAGACUGCGGACACUGUGGGCUGCUGCUCGCUGAGAGUCGAGCACAUCAAACUCUAUCCAGAGAACGAUGGUCAGGAGUAUGUGGUGGAAUUUGACUUCCUGGGUAAAGACUCCAUCCGCUACUACAACAAAGUCCCUGUGGAGAAAAGAGUAUUUAAGAAUCUUCAGUUGUUUAUGGAGAACAAGGAGCCUGAUGAUGACCUGUUUGAUCGCUUGAAUACUUCUGUUCUGAACAAGCACCUACAGGAGCUGAUGGACGGUCUGACAGCCAAAGUUUUCCGUACCUACAACGCCUCAAUCACCCUGCAACAACAGUUGAAGGAGCUCACAAGUGCGGAGGACAACAUUCCAGCCAAGAUCUUGUCCUACAACAGGGCCAACAGGGCUGUGGCCAUCCUGUGUAACCAUCAGAGGGCUCCACCGAAAACAUUUGAGAAGUCUAUGCAGAACCUUCAGACGAAGAUCGAUGCUAAAAGGGACCAGCUCUCUGAUGCCAAGAGAGAACUGAAGAGCGCCAAGGCUGACGCCAAAGUACGGAGAGAUGAAAAAUCCAAAAAGGCUGUGGAGACCAAGAAGAAGGCAGUGCAGAGGAUAGAGGAGCAACUGAUGAAGCUGGAGGUGCAGGCGACUGAUCGUGAAGAGAACAAGCAGAUUGCUCUCGGCACUUCCAAGCUCAACUACCUGGAUCCUCGUAUCUCUGUGGCUUGGUGUAAGAAGUGGGGCAUUCCAGUCGAGAAGAUCUACAAUAAAACCCAGCGUGAGAAGUUCGCCUGGGCCAUCGACAUGGCAGAUGACGACUUUGAAUUUUAAAUCCCAGUUUGUGGUUUUAACUAUGAUACACCCAUUUUUUUAUCGGAUACUUGUUUUUUAGCUUAACCGAAUUUUGCUCGAUGGCCAGACCUGACCGGGAAUUUCAGACAGUUUGAGCAGAAAAACAGCGGCGAAAUGGUAAGACGAGAUGAUGAGGCCACAAUGAAGUGGCGGGAGGGUGUUGUGGGUAGUCUAAACAUCUGAUCUGAGAUCAGGCAUCAAGGCUGAACUACACCCACAACCGAGCAUCGAGGCAUAGUCCCAGUAAUUGGAAGACCCUUUACCUUUGUCUCUCCCCCUCCUCGGGGGAAAAAAAACCUGACAAUGCCUGAACUUUGAACUCUGUGGUCCUAUAGCUACUGUAUUCAGCAGAAACAAAAAAUGCUUUGUAUCAUUUUAUUUUAUGUUCACUUGCUCUGUAUUUUAGCCCUCCCAUGUAUUAUUACUGAAUUCUAUAUUUUGAUAGACAAAGUUAAAUCAAAUGAAUUCCUUAACUACACCCAUGCGCCUUUCACGGAAAUGGAAAUGUGAGCUUGACUUUUGAGGUGUGUGUGAGUGCGUGCAUGUGUGUGUAUGAGGGGCUCGGCCAUGGACGCUAUCAGUUUGGGUGAAUAUUUUAAACUGGACUUUGUUGAAUUGUUUAGCAUGAAAGAGGAUGUCUGGGCAGGCAAGGGGAAAAUACUGCAACUAUGUCAAUAUUUACUUAAGCAAGCAGAAUGUGAAUAUUUUGUUUUACAGCCUCCAUCAGGGACUUCUUUUUCAGUGUAAAUGUGAACCAAUCAUUUUUAUCCUUUGAGUUGCUAGCAUCCUCUGAAUCUCUGCAUAGCCCUGUCUACAUCGGAUUUUAACUUAAUUUAACAAUUGUCAAGACAAAAGAAAAUCCCGUUAUCUGUUACUUGAAGAUAAUGCUAUAGUAAUGUAUUUAAAGUCAGUGAAUGGAAAGUGUUUUCUUCCCAGAAGGGUAUGUGAGGGAUGUCAGCUUUGCCAAAAAUCACCAAUCUGUUACAAUUUAGGCAGUUUUUUUAAUUGUGUAAAGAUUGAGGAGAAAGUAAUGUAACAUUUAAUGUGAAUUCAGUUCAUUUUAUUCCACUCUUAUGAUAGGAAAAUUGAUGUAAGUAGCUGUAAAGUCAACAUCCUAUUCCUGUUUUACCUUCUGUCAUAGCCUUUGAUCAUGUUUUCUGAGUUUUAUGCUCAUUGUAGGUUGAAAAAUGAAUAAAACCCUACA